AUGGAGGGCGGCAUCGUAGCGGACAGGUAUGAGGCCAUCAAGCGCAUCGGGCAUGGGUCCUACGGCAGCGUGUACCUUGCGCGGAGACGAGGGACUACAAGCAGCUUCGUGGUGCUCAAGAGAGUGUUUGUGGUGGAGGAGGGUUCCAAGGAGCACAAGGAAGCGAUCAACGAGGUGAAGAUGCUGCAGCGGCUGAGGCACAGGAACAUCGUCGCCUACAAGGACUCCUUCAUCCGCGACAGCCACCUCUGCAUCGUCAUGGCGUUCUGCAGCGGAGGAGACUUGCACUCGCAGAUCCGAGCAGCCCGGUCCUCCUCGCGCACUUUUACCAUGGAGCAGGUGCUGGAGUGGCUGGCGCAGAUCCUGGAGGCCCUGAGGUACCUCCAUGAGGAGAAGCGAAUUCUUCAUCGCGACCUCAAGUCACAGAAUGUCUUCAUCGUGCCUGAGCGACAGAUGGCUUUAGGAGACUUUGGAAUCUCAAAGUCCCUCAGCUCGACAGAGGACAUGGCGUCCACAGUCAUUGGCACUCCCUACUACAUGUCGCCAGAGCUGUGCCAGAACCAGCCCUACAACCACAAGUCUGAUAUGUGGGCGGUCGGCUGCCUGCUGUACGAGGUUGUCAUGCUACGUCACGCGUUCGAGGCGAAGAACCUCAACGAGCUAGUUCUCAACAUCAUGCAGGGGAAGUUCCCGCCGGUGAACGAGGACGAGUGGGGGAAGGACAUCUCGAAGCUGGUGGAAGACCUACUGCAGCAAGACCCGGCCAAACGUCCAUCAGUCUCGGAAGUCCUUCAGAGAAAAUUCCUGCAAGAGGUUGAGGAGAGGAGUCGAGAGAAAAGUGUCCUGACAACCAGAUCUCAAGGUUUCCGUCUGCUUCACCCGUGA